AUGUACCUGAGCAAGGAAAAGAAGGACCACGAGGAGGAGGGGAAACGAGGCGUGGGGGCAAAAAACCCAUCAAGCCAAAGAAACAGAAAGUAUGGAAGAAAUGCAAAACAUCCCGCAUCAGUAUAUAACAAUAGAUAUAUUAACAAAUUUCAUAAAAGAAACAGUGACCUUCGGACAAAAAAAGGGAACCAUGGAAUGAUGACCUUUGGAAAUUUAUCCCUAAAUAGUAGCCACCAACAUAUGAAGGCAGAAAAUAUAAAAGCCAAUCAAAUAUACUUUAGCAAAAAUAGCAUCAAUAGAAGUAGCAAGGAUAUCACAAGAACGACUGUUUAUAAAAAAAAUUACUUCGGACAGGAUAACAUUAAUUAUAAUACUUUCAUAAAUUCACAAACACCUGUCUGUUCAUUUCAUAUAGAAAAAACAGAAGAAGACAUAAAAAAUCAAAACAAAUUUAACGAGACUGUGUACAGAAGUAACGAUAAAAAUGUACUAAAAGAAGAGACCAACUCUCUCUUCCCUUCUUUUGUUGAAGAAGUAAAUUUUACAAACCACCUAGUUCAGUUAUCUGCCAUUCUUGUCCUCUCCAAUAAUGAUAAAAUUUUUAACAACUUAGAAUUUGAAGGGAAGACCACCCCCUCUCCUAAUGACUGCAAUUUGUGCAUCUAUGUCAAUGUAAUAAAUAAGUACACCUCUCAGUAUUACAAGCAGCUUUAUCCUGUGUCUUAUAAUUUUAAAAAUCGGCUUUUGUUUGCUACUCCAAGUAGUUCCUCUGUUGUCGAUUCUUCUCUCCUCGUUGACAAAAUAAUCAUUAAGGGGAAUUUCAAGACCCUCUCUCUCAUCGUGUUGGGUCAACCGGAGGAAAUAACCGACGCGUUGAUAUCCUACCGAGAAAACCUCCUAGACGGUAACCUCAGGAGCAAGAUCGGCGAAGACACACUUGACGUUGAAAACAUAGACUUGGAGAAGGACGAUUUGUAUGUCCCCAGGAGACCCGUCGAUAUUAGAACGUAUAACAUCAACACGCUUAUUGAUGAGAAGCUCAUUUCGAAGCAGCCCAGUGAGGGAAAUUAUUUCGACAAAAUUGAUUGGCCCCUCGGGGGUACACAGGAUGAGGGCGGUGGACCCAGCAAACUGGGCGGAAUUGGUGAAAUUGGCCAACCUGGGGAAUCGCACCAUCCGCAGCAACUGCUUCGACUGAAGCACCUGUCUGACCUCCUAGAGGAACAGUUCCUAAAAAAUAAUGCGGAUCAGAUUGCAAACUCAAACUGUGAAGAUGCCACGAAAGGGGAAAAAAAUGAAGACGACCAUAAUAGCCCCCUCGAAAGUAAGCAGAUAAAUGGGGAAAACAUCGAAGCGACACAAACAAAACAAUCGCAGGAACACACCAGUGAUGUCAUUGACAUGAACGAAAAGGAAAGUGAAAAAAAUCCCAUCAAAAAAGAGAGCAUGACAUGCUUCAUCCCACCGGACAAUGAACUCAUAAUAAAGAUACUAAACGAAUUUACCGAAUUGUAUAAAAUCAGAAAAUACAUUUCAAAGGACGAUUGCAUAACGUAUAGGAAAAUUAUUAAAUAUGGGAUGAUGUGGAUCUUCUACAUAUUCAAUCAAAUAAAAAAAGAUCAGGACAACUUUCUUUUUAACUAUGCAAAGUACACCGAAAUUAAGACGUGCGAUAUAUUAGGUUGUUUGUUAUUACUUAGGAGAUGUGCACUUUAUUCCGAGCUAGCCAAGGACCUAAUACAUAUGAAUUUCAAUUCGCACAUGAUUUAUAUGGACCCCCAACACCCCCAUGUCUUGAUCAAUUUAGUUGACAUGCUCAGUGUUAAUAACGUUUACUUCUUUUCGUCCUGGAAAAUUAAGACCUCCAUUUUGAAAUCCCUCAUCGCGCUCAUAUCAGAUGCCUAUGUCAUGAGUCACUUUUGCAGCUAU